UGGGUAUGCGGGUUGACGUCAGCUAUGGGUUCGCUGUACCGGGAGGGGCCUAGGAGAUCCAGGAGGUUGCGGCGAGACGGAAACGGAGGGGAAGUCGGGGUGGGCGGUGGAGCUGCAACAGGAUAGCGCGGGGCCGAACGGCCUUCUGGCAGACGUGAUGGUGGAGAAAGCCGGCGGCGGGAGAGAGUCAAUGCCCUCUUUAAUUCCCAGUGGGUUGAAUCCUGCUCUGUCCAGCAGUUCCCACAUGCAUCCAAAGCAGGGCAUGAAACUGGAAGCUGUGAUGGAGCAGCUCCAAAAACAGCAACUGCAAGCUGCCCGAAGUAUGGAGGAGCGUGAGAGACAAAUCAGAGAAACCCAACGCUUAUAUGCACAACAACUGGCAUCCCAACAUGCAAUGAAAUCUAUACCAGGCCCUUCUCCAAACUCGUUGGGUAGGACACGACUGCCAGUAGGACCAUCCCAUAGUGCUAGUGAUCCUGAAGAUGAUGAUGAAAUGGAUGGAGAUUUGAGUGAGGAAGGUGACUCGUAUGAGGAGAGGGAAGAAAAUAGGGAGACACAUGGUACCACACUGGCACAGAAAUACCUCCAAGCUCAACGAGAGCUCCAGGGCCUAAGUGUUCCUAAUCGACAAGGAGUUCAGAGUCAUCGACCUCUAACAGUAAAAGAGGAGCCUGCUGAGGAAAGUGCUUCUCCUGCUAAUCUCAGCAAGCAAAACUCAGAAGAACAAAUUAAACAGGAAAACUCUUCGUGGUGUGAAGAUCCCGAUGGCCGGAGCAGAGAAACAUCAAGGGAUUUUGCAAAGUUAUAUGAACUGGACAGUGAUCCUAAACGCAAGGAGUUCCUCGACGACCUCUUCCUGUUCAUGCAGAAGAAAGGUACACCAAUUAGCCGUAUCCCUAUCAUGGCAAAGCAGUUGUUGGACCUCUACAUGCUAUAUAAACUUGUGACAGAGAAAGGUGGUCUUGUGGAGGUGAUCAACAAGAAGAUCUGGAGAGAGAUUACUAAGGGGUUAAGCCUUCCUACAUCUAUCACUAGUGCAGCUUUUACUUUACGUACACAAUACAUGAAGUACCUUUACAUUUAUGAGUGUGAGAAGAAAUCUCUUAGUUCUCCAGCAGAGUUGCAGGCUGCUAUUGAUGGCAACAGGAGAGAAGGCAGACGCCCAAGCUAUGGAUCAUCUUCUUUUAGCUAUUCUCCAACUCCACAAGGUACCGCUGGACUACUCGGAGCGAACAAGAUUCCUGUAGCCUUAAUGGGAGGUCACUCCAGCACCCGCAUCUCACCCAUGACCGCUUUGAAAAAAGGUGACAAUCCUGUUGGCUUGAUGGCAGGCCGCAUGCUGCAACAGACUCCUGGUGUACGUGCAGCAUCCUUUGAACAGCUGAAGGAUAGACUGGAGACUGGCGAGCCCCCAGAAAAGAGAGCUUCUCGAACAUCUAUAGAGGAGCAGCAAAGGCUCAUGCAGCAAGCGCUUCAGCAGAAUUUUCUUAACAUGGCCCGACAGAUACCUAUGAAACUAAAAAUUAAUGGCAAAGCACAGGACCGGCAAGAGGCAGCUCUGAAUCUGGCAACAAGCAGUAUCAACAUGUCUAUUGAAAUUAAUGGCACGAUGUAUACAGGUAUCCUGUAUGCUCAGAAACCAGUUCCUUUAAUUGCUGGGUACACUGGACAGAGUGUGGGGAGUGGCAGCAGCAGCAACACUUCCCAGGCAUCACAGAGCCCCACUUCCUCUAGGGGAACCCCAGGGGCUGAGCCCUCCACCAGCUGGUCCAUCUGAGCUCCCAUGCUAUGGGGAGAGCGAGAACCAAAAAUUGGGGAUGGAGGGGAAAUAUGCUUUUUUUUUUCUACUUACCUCCUUCGCAAGAAAGCGUUACACAACCGUACCUACCUCAGCUUGCAGAAAGACAUUAACUUGGCUUACCUCACAUUAUGGAAAACUUACAACCGACUUACCUCGUGUUUUAAAAUGGCAUUACACAGCUUCAGUGACCUACGGGAUACAGGGGGACAAGAGGAUUAGCAAAUGCCUCUUUUGGGGCAGCAUCUCUCUUGUGCUCUAUGGCAUUUUAGGAAUGUAAAUGUACAGCAAAUAGUUGUCCUGUCACUGCAUUCCUCAUUCUUUUAAGUUCUAGGGAAGAGAUCAUCUCUUUUAUGGGAAAGGCACAAUGAAAAGGGGGUCAUCUAAUUUGGGAAACUUGAGAAAUGCAAGAUGGUGGCAAGGACAUUUCUACUAACCUUGGGAUACAUACCUACCCAUAACUCCAUAGAGCACUAGAAUCUACAUUCCCCCCUGUUGCUGUGGUGCUAACCUCAGAAUGAAUUAUUGACUUUUAUAUAGGUUGGAAAAGCUGAAACCAUGUGUGGUUUUUAUCAAAAUUCCUUCCUGAAUGAGAAGGCGAGUUUUUAAGUGUCCUAUCAUUUAAGACUGGACAUAUCGACAUAUACACCUUAUAUUCACACGUUGAAAGGUGCAGUCAUGUUGCUUUUGCUGUUCUAGAGAUUCAUUUAACUUGUGUAUUUGGAGUUACUGAUACUUGUCACUAACCUACAGCAAGCAUCCAUUUUGGUUGAGACAAAAAACAAAAGUGGAUGUUAUACUGCAGUUUUUAAUUGCAUAAUAUCUAUCACCAAAGACCAGAAGUGUAUAUAAUGUCCUUCUCCUUCUGCCACAGAUGUAGAAGACUGCACCUUUCUAAAUCACACUGUUAGCAAAAAUAUACAUAUUCCAUCAGCAAAAUACUAAGUGGAAGAAAUCUUAUUCAAAGCCACACAGCAUGCAUUAUCUUUUUUAUUUAGUGUUUGGGGUUUUAGGGCACUGUAGCAUUGGGUAUAAUGGGAAUGUGUUUUAGUUACCUUGAUUAGUGAAUUUCCUCAGAUCCAUGGUUGCCCAAGCUCCUAGAAUAGACUGCUGCAAUACAAUUCAAAAACUGAUAUUUGAGAUACUCUUCACAGCACAUUAGAAGAACAAAAUGACAGAGGCCUGCAAUUUUUUUUUAUUUAGAAAAAGAUAUUCCAGCUAGGGAUGGGAGAAUUUGACCCGUUUCGUUUCGCCAAAAAUUCACCGCCAGUGAAAUGUCGCAAACACCCUAUGGGCGUCAAAAACAUUUUGUCGCGCGGCGAAUUUUUUUUUUUGACGCGUGUGUUUUUGUCUGGUUUUUUUUUUUUGACGCACGCCGCCAUACAAGUCUAUGGGCGUAAUUUUUUCUGCGAAACGAGGCGAAACAAAUUCACCCAUCCAUAAUCAGCUUUCCAUUUUUAACGUAUAUUUUGCUUCUUUUUGGCAGGAAACCUUUAUGUAUUUUGUAAAGGUUGUAAACGUCUGUGAGUGUAAUGUAUCAUAUUUUAGGGAGUGUAAUCAUAUAGGCAACAAAAAUAAUGCUUGGAUCAAAUCAAUUUUAACAAAUUUCUAUUUCAUUAAUUAGAUUUUUUUUUAAAAAAACAGUUACGAAUCAGAUUUCAGCAACAUUUGUAUUUCAAACUUCCAUUGACCUUUUUUUUUUUUUUUUUAAGUUUUGUGAUAAGAGCAGUAAUGCACAAUUUUUAAAACUGUUUGCUAGAUUUCCAAAAUAAAGGCCCUGAUUUGGUGUAUGUACAACACAGCUAUUUAAAUUAUUGGAUUGAUAAAACCAUGUCUUUAAGCUGACUUGGUGCAAAGACUGAGUUGUCUCCAAAUGUUUUGUGUAACUUUUCGGAGGCCAUCUUUAUGACAAUCGCAUUGCCUGUAGGGGCACAUUGCAUCCUCAAUCAUAUGUUUGUGACGUUUUGAUUUGAUAGAUUUUGUGUGUUUUAUUAAGCGUAAUUAGUGGAUAAUUUCAAAAGCAUUAAUGGAGCAAGAGUAUUUUGGUGCAUGUCUGAGCUGUUACACGCUUCUUAGGGGAGAUGCAAAAAAAAAAAAAAAACAAAGGUCCAGAGUUCUAAAAUCUGUUUAUCAAAGGCUAUCAAAGAGGCUGUGAACUUUGUUUGAUGUAUCUUUUCUACUGAAAAUUUUCGUAGACUCCUACCAAUGCUUUUAGAAUGUCCUAAUUUGGGUGUUAGUGCAGAAUAGAGUUCAGGUUAAGUUUGCAGGGCAGUUCAUCAAGAUGAAGGAAUAUGGCACUAAGGGUAUUUAUGGAGAACAACAGAAUUCAAAAUGCACCGAAGUACUUAUCAGGCCUGCACUAGUAAUCUGUAGAUUCCGGCAAAUGCCAGAGAGGCUGCUGAAUGAUGCCAUAAAGUCACCUUUUGCUGGGCCUGUUUGGGCCUCUGUAUGGUUGAAAUGCCAGGGCCUAUUUUGAAUCUUAGUCUGGACCUGUUACAUAUCUCCACUUUCUGCAGAGAAACAGGGCAGAUCUUUGCUGUGAUAGAUAGCAUGUGCUUGGAAAUGUCAAGUCGAGCAUAUCUGAGUAGAGACCAACUCACUGUCAUUGCCAGGGUGAUUAUAUACUUGUGUAGGCAGAGCAUUCCCUCUACUCCUUUGUAGGAAGUGGUGCCAGGUGAUUAGCCCUGUGCUAUAGCUCUAACAUAUGCAAAUUCAAAAAGAUAAUAUGCUUGCACAGAGUUUUGUUUUAGUGCUUCUGCAAGUUGCUUGCAUUCUACAUUUUUAGCCGUUUAAAUGAUCUUUGCAGUAUUAUAGUGUAUAUAAACCGUUCUUGUUUGUUUCAUAUCGGAACCCAACAAAUAGCAAGAAAGCUGUGAUAGGCUGUAUGUACAGCUCUAAAGUCCCCAGUGAAGAACCGCACAAUAUCCAAAGUUAACUCUCAGAUCUCCAGCCCAAGCUGCCUUGUUUUUAUUUUUGUUGAGCUAUCGGUCCCAUUUAGCAGUGCAAAACUGUUAAUAUCAUUUAAAUGGCUACGAUUAGAAAGUUAAAUUUUCAGAACAGCACUACUCUGAGUGUGUUUAAUAUUUUUGUCCCCUUUAAGAUUUGUUGGUUUCUUUUACCUUGAUCCCAAAAAAGAAAACUUCCUUGUGGUCCAUUGUCGCGUUCGAUAGGCAGGCAGAUUUUUCUAAAACUAGUGUCUUGUCUUAUAACUUUACCAAAGUAGUUGGCCUUAAUGACAUGUAUGAGAUUAUAGUUUGGUCCUUUAAUAUUUAUAGGCUAUCCCUUUUAUUAUUUAUUUCAAUAACCUUAAUGGAAUACAUGACGUAGAUUCAUGAAAAUCAAAGAAGUUCUAAAUCUGUCAAUACAUGAUGAUGAAUAGCAGACCUGUCCUACUGACAUAAUAUAUAAAUAAGAGAAUAACGAAGUCUAAAUUCAAUCAACUGAAAUUCCUAAAUAAAUAUCUAUUAGGCAAUUUUCAUUUAUAAAUAAAUCUGUUAUAAAGUAAGGAUGCACCGAAUCCAGGAUUCGUUUCGGGAUUCUGCCUUUUCCAGCAGGAUUCAGAUUCUGCCCGGCCGAACUGAAUCUGAAUCCUAAUUUGCAUAUUCAAAUUAGGGAUGAGUAGGGAAAUUGUGACUUUUUUGUCACAAAACAAGGAAGUAAAAAAUGUUUUCCCCUUCCAACCCCUAAUUUCCCCAUAUUCUAAAUAGGAUUCGGUCGAAUCUUUCAGGAAGGAUUCGGGAGUUCGGCCGAAUCCAAAUUAGUGGAUUCGGUGCAUCCCUUUUAUAAAGACAUACAAUAAGAUUGCUAUAUUAAAAAAUAAAAAAAUAAAAAAAAGCUUUUGCAUUAUUACCAGUUACUGAUAACUUUAAUUAUUAGUCCCUAUAAAGAGUCUUAAAUAUCUUAUGUUAAUAAAUGUUUCUAAUCCCUUCAAGCAUCCAUUAAAAAGAAAUAUGGUCUUCCAGAUACUCUCCCCAUGUAGCACAGCUACGCAGAUUCCUGGUGCUGCUACUAUUCCUUAGAGAUUGACAUAUUGUGUCACCUAUUCAAAAAAAGAGAAGAGAAUAACCACCUCUAGUAUGGAAUAUUCUGAAAAAUUAUUUUAUUGAAGACGUAUUAAAAACUUUACACGCUCCAUAAAGGAGGCUAAAUCAUUGUCUCAGUAAUCUCAAACUGUACGAAGGGCAUCAGAUCCAGGCUGCAGCGUGUCACCAUCCAGUGGAAUCAGACAUGCAUCUGUAAUGCUUACAUAUAUGUCUGUGUGUGUGUGUUUAUACACACGCACACACGCACACACGCACACACACACACACACACACACACUUCCUGCAUCUUCUGCUCUUCCUGCAAGAGAAAGGGGUGCCUUUAAUAUUGCUUUAAUACAUUUACAGAAUAUACCACACUAGAAGUAUUUAUAAUAGAAAUAUUUAUUUUGUUUAGUAUCGCCAGUGUCGAACAUGUUAUCUGUGCUUUAGUAGAAAGUAGUUAACAUCUGGAUUUCUUAAAAUAGAUACAUGCAAUAAGUUAUAAAAGAAAGCUGUUAAAAAUGAUCUAGAACAUCUGGAUUUCAUUAUAACACACACACUCUAGAUUUGCCGCAAUAUAUGCACACAAUAAGCUUUCUGCUACCUUAUGGCGGAGCAUGAAAUGGUGUUGGGCACCGCCAGAUUUUUCUGAACUGUAGCAAUGUUACCUUAGGGAAAUGUCGGACCUCAUGAAUGGAACUUGUUUAGUUGUGAUAUUAGCUUGAAUUAUAUUAUUUGCUGUUAAAUACUUGAAGCACCACAUGCUCAAAACAUGUACUUUUGUAUUGUGAAAACUGGGAUACCUCUAAUUUUGAAAGUGUAGCUCCAAAUCAGUCUGCCAGGGUAAACAUAGGCAACUGUACUUGGCCAGUGCUGCCCAGUUUAUCUCAUCAACAUUACACUCAAGGGAUAGGGCUCCCACUGGGACAGUCCUGCAAGACAAAGUCUGGUUGGCACCUGCAGGGUUAAGCGGUCGUUAUUUUCACACAACAACAGAUAAAGCUCAUUUCACUUGUGACAUAUUUUGAGUAGCUGGUGCUUUUUCUCACAUACCUCAAAACCAUCUUUUCUUCUUCAUGAAGGCAAGACACUGAAUUUUUAUAGAAUAUGGGGCAUGGAAAUGCAGUGGGCCUGCUAAGCAAUGAGCAUAAGAGAAUGGCUUUAGAUUGUCCAGGUAAUGUUUACCCUCAGCUGAAUUCUGGACAGAAUAUUAUUGUUCAUUGGUGGACAGUGUUCGCACGGCCCAUUUCACAUCCCCAGAUUAAUUACCUCAGCAAAAAGUUGUAUUCUGUUAUUAAAUUGUUUUUGCAUUAUUUCAGCCUUUUUAUGUGUCGGAGAGACGGAGAAGUGAUACAACUCUCUGGUUCUGAAAAGGUUUUAUUCUUUUUGUAAUAUUUGUGUGGUCUUGUGUAUUUUUUUCUGUGUGUAUAUUUUUUUAAUGUUAAACCAAAGAACCUCGGGGAUAGGGGAAAACUAUGAGUUUUAAUCACUAUUUUUAAGCCUUAGAAGUAAAGUCUGAACUCCAGGCACACAUUGGGUGGGUGAAAGUAAAGGGUGGGGAGAAGAAUGUUUUAGGCAUAAAGGGGAAGGAGGAGGAAUAGGUUGCCUCUGGUACAAAGAUAUUGUUUGUUAAGGAAAUUUUUAAUGAUUUUUGCAGUAAAGUGUCAAUUAAAAGAACGGAAAAAAA